GCACCGCAACGGCUGCACACCGCCGCCUCCAGCCUUCGCCACAACCGGAGAGAACGCCGUCAGCUACCGACUGCCGUUUCCGCACUCAGCCCAGUGAAACUGGUCCUACGUUGCAGCACCGUUCACAGUUACCACGAGCGUCCGCCUCGUCGUCGACGACCACUUCGCACAGUGAGCCAUGGCGGAGACGAAGCGAAAAUCUAGAGACGAGCCUAAGCGCAUAGAGAAGAAACUGAAUAAGAAGAGGAAGCAAAAGCAAUCAGAGUCUAAAACCCUAGCCAAGAAGGGCAAGAAAAGCGAUGGGAGGAAGAGGAGCGGUCCCCGGUUGCCUAAUUUGCUGCGAAAAGAACUCGGCCGCUUAAACCCUAACUUUCCCUCAAACAGUGAGGGUGACGAAGAGAUCGAUUCCGAUGAGGGAGAGUUGUACACGGGGGACGUCUACGAGUACCAGGAGGGGGUCCCCCAAGAGGAGUCCAGGAAAAACCGCCGGUUCGACCCUGUCGAGAACUUCGAGUACGAGCUUCCUGAAAAUUACAAGGAUGAGAAUGUGCUGUCAGAUGACGAUGACGAGGAUGAUGACAACAUGAACAAGAGUGAAAAUGUCAAUGAUGAUGAGAUUGAGGAGGAUGAUGGAAGGCAUGGGAGGAUGUUGCAAGGAAUCACUGGAAUGCCUAGUGAGGCUUUUGAAGGGAAGAGGAAGAAAGAUAAUGUUGUUAUAUCUGAGGGAUAUCCAGAGUCUGAGUAUAAUCCUACUCGUGAUGUUUUGGAUGGUGAUGGCCGCAUUAGGGUGGAAGAUCUUCUAGGGCCUCUUCAAGAUAAACCUGGUUUUGGCAAACUUAGAAAGAGAAUGGAUCAACUGAAGAAAUCUGAGGCUAUUGAAGCUCCGCUUCCACAAGCAGUUCGGGAGAAGGUGGAGAGGGGUACAGCGUAUAAAAUAUCACAGAAAGAGAUUACCAAGUGGGAGCCCAUAGUCAAGAGGAACAGGGAGGCACCCACCAUAUAUUUUGAUGAAGAUACAAGCCUAGGUUUUUCAACUGUAGGAGCAAUAGCUUCUGAAUUUGAACCUAGAACUGAAUUUGAGAAGAAAAUGGCAUCAUUGAUCUAUCAUGACAAUGUUAUGGAAGCUCACAGAAAAGAUGGUUCCAGGCUUCUUGAAUUAAACAAGGUAUCUGUGGAAGAUGAAAAGGAGCGGCAGAAUCGUAUUGCUAAAAUGCGCAGCCUUCUUUUCCGUCAUGAAAUGAAGGCAAAGCACAUAAAAAAUAUCAAAUCUAAAGCGUACCAUCGUUUGUUGAAGAAAGAUAGAAUGAAGGGAGCAGCUGCACAGAUUGAAAUGGAUCCAGAAGCUGCUAAAGAGCAGGCAUUGAAGCAAGAGUUCAAACGGGCAGAGGAACGCAUGACACUUAAACACAAAAACACCUCCAAAUGGGCAACACGCGUUCUACGGCGUGGUUUGCAGGCGCAAGAUGAGGGUACUAGAGCUGCUAUAUCCGAACAGCUCCACCAGCAUUCUCUUUUGACGAGAAAAAUGAACUCUAUGAAAGACGGUAGCAGCAGUGGUAGCGAUGACACUAGUGAUGAGGAUGAUGAUGCAGAUGAAAAUUCAGCUGUUGAAAAUCAGGAUAGGACAUCCAAGUUGUUAGAAAAAGCGAAAGAGAAGACCCUCAAGAUAUUAGAAGAAGAAGAUGAAGUGCCUAAAUCAGGAUUGCUUUCUUUACCUUUCAUGGAGCGUGGGCUCAAGAAAAGAAAGGAGGCAGCUGAUGAAGAAGCUAAACUUGCUCUUCAAGAGUUUGAAUCAUCUUUGAGGCAGAUGGACGAUUCAAGUGGGGCAGAAAAUCCAAAAAUAAAGGCUUCAAGUGGUAGAAGGGUAUUUGGUGCUGCAGCUAAAAUGCAUGCUCCAGAAUUGAGAAAUAUUACUAAAUCAGAUAACUUUUAUGCUAAUAGUGAAAGUGAAGAUGACUUGGAGGCCAAAGAAAAUAUUGUUGAUGUGGGGAACAACAGAAGUAAUGAUUUGCAGAAGGAUGUUAAAAUUGAUUCUGUUUUACCUCAGAAUUCUGUUUUUAAGAGCUUUGAUGAUAUUGUUAGAGACCCGGGUCCCAAGACAACAUAUGAAGUUGCUAUUUUUGCAUCAGACAGAUGGAGAAAGAUGGACAGCAGAAAUGAAGUGGACGCCAACAGCAAAAAGUCCCUGAAGGCUGUUGAACCUGAACAUAAUCAAGAUUUAGAGAAACAUGUGAAGGAAGUGAGUGAGAAUAGUGAUACAGAGAGUGAAGGGCAGAUGGUGGAUGGGGUUCUUGCUUUGGGUCCUAAACCAUCUUAUGAACUUCCUUCUCAAGCAGAGCUUAUUCGACAAGCUUUUGCGGGGGAUGAUGUGGAGGAAGAUUUUGAGAAUGAUAAACAGAAGGUUCUGAACCAGGAAAAUCCUGAUCCUGAAAAGCCUGUUUUACUUCCUGGCUGGGGCCAGUGGACUAAUGUACAGAAAAAGAAAGGGGUACCUUCUUGGAUGCUUAAAGAACAUGAGGAUGCCAAGCGGAAGAGAGAAGAAGCUCUUAAGAAGAGGAAGGAUGCACAUCUCAAACAUGUUAUUAUUUCUGAGAAGUUGGAUGUAAAGGCUGAGAAACUUCUUACAAAAACAUUGCCUUACCCCUUCACGUCCAAGGAAGUUUUUGAGCAGAGCAUCCGCAUGCCAAUUGGACCUGAAUUCAACCCAGCAACGGCUGUUGGAGCUCUUAAUCGGCCUGAAGUGGUGAAGAGAGCUGGUUUGAUUAUAAAACCAAUCGAGUUCAAGGAAGUGAAUCCUCAUGAAAAUACGGAGGAUCACAAACGGAGUGGACAGAAACAGAAGAUGAACAAGAGUAAAAGCAAUGGUGGCAAAACGACUAAAAAGAUGAAGACGACAAAGGGCAAAACCACAAAGGUCAACUGAGGCCUUCCCUCCCGUUUGUUGGGGAUUUUGUUUUCUGAUUCCUUUCUUCCUAAAGAUCUGAAGUCGUUCCCAGUUUUCCAUGUUUGGGAAGAACAAUGGAGUAAUACAGCAAAAGUAGAAGGAAGAUUAACUUAUUAGUUAUAUAGAAUUCGAUAGGUGUAUUUGUGAAAUUAUUUGUUCGCGUAUUGCGUAAUUUAAGGCAGUCAAGAUUCAAGGAAGUGAGAAUUUUGAGAGGUUUCAAUCCAUGUAUCUGCGGGUAUUCAUUAGCUGUAAUAUUUUAUUAUUAUUAUUAUUAUUAUUUUCAGUAAUUGAAUUUUCGCCUGAAA